AUGGACGAUGGCGCCGGAGCAAACCGCAGCGACGGGGAGGGAUCGCCGCGGCUGCCGGCGGAGCGGCGCUACAAGGGCGUGCGCUUCCGGAAAUGGGGCCGGUGGGUGUCGGAGAUCCGGAUGCCCAACAGCCGCGAGAGGAUCUGGUUGGGCUCCUACUCGUCAGCGGAGAAGGCGGCGCGGGCGUUCGACGCCGCCGCCGUCUGCCUCCGCGGCUCCCGGGCCGGGUCGCUCAACUUCCCCGAGUCCCCGCCCAACGUCCGGCACAUCCCCGGCGCGCUGCUGACGCCUGAGCAGAUCCAGGCAGAAGCUGCAAGGCACGCUAACCAGCUGCUGCCUAGUCCGCCGGUUGCGUCGCCGGCGUCGGCGUCGUCGCAGCCAGCCGCAGCUGCGCCGCCCGCGGGAGGAGCAAGCAGUGACAGGACGACCUUGUCAAUGCCGUCCAGUUACUACAGUAGUGGAGCUGCCGUCUGCGGUGACGACGAGGUGCUUGAUUGGUCUUUCAUGGAUGCAUUGCCAUCGUCGAUGCCGGCGUCUUCAGUGGUGAUGGGGAACAGUGCUGAUAUUGUUCCGGCCUUGGAUGAUUUCAUGUACGGGUCCCCUAACCAGGUUAUGCCGCCGAGUGAAGAGGCCACACAGGAUAUGAUUCACAGUGACGAUGAUCAUACAUUCAUCUCAGACGACCUCUGGCGAUUCUGA